CAGACAACAAAGCGUAUGAAAUAACGGCCAGUAUGGAGUCAGAUGGGUGAAUAGAUGAGCUCCCAUCCGCGCACGUUGCCGACCAACUGGCAGCACGAAGAUCAUCCGGGAUUACUAGCGCGGACCCUUGCCGUGACUUCUCAAGAAGUUUUGCUUCCAGCCAGCAACACCACCCCCAAAACACCCCUCUAUCCUCCAUCGCAUCCCCCACCAAACCGCCAUUAUGACUGAAUACGUCAAGGUCGAGAAGAUCAUCCCCAAGUUCCCGCCGCCGGCGUUCAGCGACAUCGCCAAGGCCUCGAACGACCUUAUCAACAAGGACUUCUACCACACUGCCGCAGCUGCCCUUGAGGUCAAGCUCAAGGCCCCUAACGGUGUCAACUUCACCGCCAAGGGAACCUCUGCCCACGAUGGGCCCGUCACCUCUUCUCUUGAGGGCAAGAAGUCGCUUUCCAACGGCAUCAGCAUCACCCAGUCAUGGAAUACUGCCAACAUGCUGGCGACCAAGGUCGAGCUCAACGACACCUUCGCCAGCGGCUUGAAGACCGAGGUUCUCUCCAACUUCAGCCCCGCUGCUGGCAACAAGGGCCAGAAGGUCAACCUUCACUUCAAGCAGCCCGCUUUCCACGGCCGUGCUUUCGUCGACUACUCGGCCGCCGGCGCAAUUGGCACCACUGCCGAUGCUGUUGUUAGCCACGAGGGCAUGGUCGUCGGUGGUGAGGUCGGUUACGAUGUGCAGAAGGCUGCCAUCACCAAGUACUCCGCCGCUGUCGGAUACACCACCCCUCUCUACAACGCUGCCGUCACUGCCACCAACUCCCUGAGCGUCUUCACCGCCUCUUACUACCAGCGCGUCAAUCCCGCUGUUGAGGCCGGUGCUCGCGCUGUCUGGGACUCAAAGUCUGGCAACAACGUUGGCCUCGAGCUCGCUGCCAAGUACAAGCUUGACCCUGCGUCUUUCGCUAAGGCCAAGAUCAACAACCUUGGAAUUGCUUCCCUCGCCUACAACACCAAGGUCAACAGCGGUUUGACCUUCGGUAUUGGUGGCUCUUUCGAUACCCAGAAGCUGAACGAGGCCGGCCACAAGCUCGGCACCAGCUUCACCUUCGAGGGUUAAGCACCUCAAAAAUGACAUUUGUGGACAGGAGAAGGGGGAAAUUGCCUUAGAUUCCUUUGGUUCUCGCGAAGCGAUAUCAUAUCAAUCUAGUGCUCAAGAGCGAGCGUAGUAUAGUUUUCUGACACGUACGACGACUUGUCCCAAUGCAAUACUUGGACUUUCAGACUCGAAUGCACGUUUU